GCUUAUCGAUCGCGUCGCACGUUGUAAAGAAAAAAUUAGGAUUAACAUGAAAGGCACAUAUUAUUUUAUGGGCGGCGCACUUUUAUUUAUAACGUGCUGUUUGUUGGUAGCAUUUGCUGAUCAACAAAAGGUUACCUACUCCUUCACCGAAUUUCCCUAUAAAGAAACGAACAAAAAUGAGAUCAUGUACAGAGAAAUAGAGGCCGCUUGCGAAAGAGGAUGUUUGGGUAGAAAUAGAGUAUCGAAAGUGCUUUGCAUUAGGCAGUGUAUAUCGCCAUCUUGCUACCGAGACUUGUAUCAAUCAGAUUUGCUGGAAGAGGGAGAGGUAGAUGUAAGAUUCAACUCAUUCAAAGGAUGUUUUAUUCAACGUUAUAACAGAUCUAGACUCUAACAAAUCAACAUGAGUACAAUAUUACGCAAUUGUUAACAAGUCAAAAUAUCAAAACCAAU